CUGAACCUUCACAAACAAGUUGCACUGGUUGAAGCCUUGAAUUUUUGGAAAGAAUAGGAGAGCGAAAGAACGGAUACAUAAGAAUUAGCAUCCAAUCUUUAUUCAAAUGGAUGUAUGUGCAGAGAGGGAGUCUCCGCACAUCGCCAUACAAUGGAAGAAAUGCUAGAGACUCCCUUCUACCACCAAGAUGAUAUUCUAUCAAGAUCAAUACCACCAUCUAUACUUUAUGACAAAAACUCUCUGGAUUUGAACUUGCAGUCCUGUGUGGACCUAGCAGGGCGCCCGAAGCAUGGAGAUAAUGACCAAAGCCCGGGACAGGCACAAAAUUCAAUGGAUUCGCCAAAUCUUGAUUUCCUCAAGCUUGGUUCACCUGAUUUGGAAAGGAUGUUUAUGAGUUUUCAGGGCAAUGUAUCUUCUUCCCCAAGCGAAGAUUCUAAUGCGGCUUUUACACUGCCCAGCGACCAACUCACGGGGCCAAACGACAACAGCUUUGCAGAAGCAUUGCAGCAACUACAUGACCAACAGGAAAACAUUUUGAUAGAAAAGCACACAACGAAUAAAACAGUUGGAGGGAAAAGCUCGCAUGCUAAUGUCCAUGUCUUAAAUGUAACGCCCGCUGUAGCGGAACGGAAGCAGUCUUCAGCACGACAAAAACGCCACCGUUCGGAGGAAGAUGUUUUUGUUGUAAGCAACGCCAGCAGUAAUAAUACUAAUAACAACGACAUCGCAUGCAUCAACAACAACAAUGGCACCAAUGCUAUUAAUAAUUUGCAAAGAAAUAUUGGGCACGUUGAUUCACAUAUAGCUUCAAAUAAUGUAAGCUGCGCUCAGCAACAAGUACCUGCGAGGGCGCAGAUGUCUUUAGGGCUUCAAGUUCCAUCUAAUCAUGGAAUUGUCAGUAUGAAUAAUCACGUGAUGCCCCAAGAGCAGUUUAUUAUAAACAAUAUGGCAGUUCUUGGAAAUGCCAACCACCACAUGAUGCCGUCACAAAUGCAGCAAGAAAUUGCCUUUUUAAACCAUGCAAUGGGCUAUAUUCCAGAGCGCGAUGGCAUACCGCAAGCUUUAAUUGAACAUGUCACUAUGGCAGAUCCGUCAAUGCAGUUCAGGCAUCUCCAAGGUAGGUUCCAAGAAAACACUUAUGUGGAGCCUGGGUUCCAAGAACGUUCGCAAAUGCAGGUCAAUGGGAUAGAAAACAUGCAAAUGUUAGGCCAUAUGGACGAGCAAACUAAGAUCUUUCUAGAAAAUAACCCCCACUAUCAACCAAUUGACCUUGAACUUCAAGAGCUUGUAAAAAGAGAACGAAAGAAACUACGUAACAGGGUAGCGUCAUCCAAAUGCAGGAAGAGGAAGCUCGAGCGAGAGGCGAGACUAGAUCAACGGGUAAAGGAGCUCAAAGAGAAGAAUAUUGAACUAGGAGCAGUGGCCAACGCGCUCAAGCAGCAAGUUUGCGACUUAAAACAGCGUGUAAUGGAUCAUGUUAGCGAAGGCUGUCAGAUCGUUUUAGCAACGUAGCGCGUGAGAAGAUUAGAAUGUUUAAUUCAAGAGGUGGGUGUGGGCGCGUUAAAGAAUGGGCGCGUUAAAGAAUGGGCGCGUUCAGGACAAGGGCACUUGGAGGUCGAGCUUAUCGCUCUUACAAAACCAUAAUGGGACUUGCAAAUGUGAGUAAAAGAGCGUGGCGAAUAUAUAUACAAAUUUUUCUUGUUGUAGACAAAUCUUAGACUUCUCAAUGUCAAACUUAACUAGGAAGAAACGCUUCUUUGUAAAGUACGGUGUUUCUUGAUGAUUUUAGAUAAAGUAGAUCGAUCAUUGUUUUUCAUCUAACUGUUCUCGAUAAGCCUUGUAAAUUUGAGCUGGUCCAUCAAAAACUACUUUCAAAGGCACAGCAUUAUAAUUCUUAAAAAAAUCGUCUAUGAGGAUAGAUAUUUUUGUUGUAAUAAAAACGAUUUUUUCCUUAUGUUGUUCAUUAUUAUGUUUAAUUUUAAAUAUCUCAAAUAUGGUGGCCCCGUAAACCAACGAGCUUGGUUAAAACAUUGCCUUCUUCUCCUAACUAAGAGCCUAAAUGUAAAGCGCGAUGGCCACAAUUUGAUACAGUGGUUGCCGACAUGUUUUUUUUCUAAAUUUUGCAAACUCCGAUGUUAGUUUGACAGCAGCUGUACAGCCAACAAAUCAACGUUAGCAAAUCUGGUUCUCGACAACUAACAAUACAUCUUGACAAGAAAGCUCUUGCUCAGUCUAUUAUAUGGCAAGGCUAUCAGUUUUCUUCCAGAAAGGCAUGGUCCAGGAAACAUCAGUUCGCACAUCAUCAAUGCACUCAUCUCGGUCUUGGAAGUCUCAGUUCGUAUUUUAUCAAUGCGGCUAAAAUCACAAACAAGAGAAAUUGCUCAAGGAGAUCAUUUUUAAGUUCUUCGGGGCCUUGUGUUCCUUAUCUUGGGAGCCGAUCGCAUUGUCGGGGCCUUAUCUUUUUUAUCACUGCUAAAGUAUCCUGUUGGCAUCAGAGACAUGAAAAACAAUUAUAUUAUUUCCAUGCAUCCUGACCUAUUUAUUAUUCUUUAAAGCUGUACAUCAUAAGGAGAAUUGGACCGAGACAUGAAUCUUGUGGCACACGUACGCUUUUACCGGAAGUCAUAGCUCAUAACCGCUUGUAUCAAAAGAGUUCUUUAGAUCAAAAGUCAGUAUACCAGAAUGCAGAGUUUCAGUGCUGGCUACUGAUUUGUGCGAAGGAUUCUAUUUCGGUCCGGGUAUUUAUCUCUGAAUCUGCAUAUAUUGGGAAGAAAGGAAAGUAACAAAUAAACACAUGUCGAAGCCACAAGCAACGAUGCAGCUCAGAUCACCUUCACAGAGAGAGAGUUUACGAAAAUCCUCAUUUAUCUUUUCUUUACUUAUCUUGAAAUCGGGUCUUGAAGUAGUGGUUGAUAGAGUUAAACAAACAGAGCAAUUUUGUGUUAGCAGUUUUAAAUUGCAAUAACAGGAUCUAUGGAUAAAUUUUUAAGAAAUAUAAGAGUAUGUUAUGAUGAAUGUAUCGCGAACUUUGAGCAGUCUUUGAAUAAAGAUCAACCUUCAACCUAUUACCUUCUGCGAUCACAAACAAUAAACAUCUGUUAAAACAGAAGUUAAGAAAACCAUGGACAAUGGCAUGUUUUCAAUAAAACUUGAAAAGACUUACUUGAGAUAAUACUUUUCAAAUAGAAAAACCUGCCUAUAAAACAUUUUCAAACGUUAUCAUACAUUUCAAACAUUCACAAAUGCAUGCGUUACAGCAAGACUGCACCUUUCUUUAGUCGUUGUUAAACAAAGUUUCAAUCUUGGCCUAAUGAAAAGAUCAAGGGUUGAAACAUUUAUGCUAAUUCUGCUGUGCUAAUUUGUUGACCAGUGAGGCAAGAAGGAAAAGAUAAGUGGCAAAGCAAUGAUUUCAUAAAAACCUACGCAAACAUUUUUGGACUAUGAUCAUAUGAUGACAAAAAGAACACCACAAAACACCUCUUACUGUUCAAUAUUAGGCAGAUCUGCUACAGAUUGCCUGAGAUAUGAUCGAUAAAAGAGUCGAGUUUUUGUUGGUGGAUUACUAAAUAUUUUGGCUUCUUUAUAUGUUUUGAUAUCUAAAGAAAUCUGUAACAUUCAAUUGACUUGCACUCUACGUGGUAUUUCAAUGUGCUACAUUGGCUUAUAUUUGGUUAAAUUCAUAUUCUAAAAAUUGCGCAAUUAGGAAUGGUUCACCAGAUUAUGUUUUUAGCACUCCUUAAGAAAUUGAUGCUGGCCAUGCCACUGAAUUUAGCGAAAUUGCUGAAGAAUGAGAAACACUUUUGAAAUAUGAAAGGAUGAAAUGAUAUCAGAUGCAGUUGCCUGAUGGUCGCGUUAAGCCUGAAACUAGGAGAAGGAACUUAGAACCGUCCUAUUCCAC